AUGGAUGGUCCAGUUGAAGUUACUAAACAGUUGUUUGUCAGACCAUUGAGAAACGAUGUUACUCGUGAAGAGGUCCAAGAUCAUUUUUCCAGAGCUGCACCUGUUGUUGAAGUGCGUUUGAUGGAAGGUUAUGCUUUUGUUACAUUUGAAAAUGAAGAUGAUGCAAAACAAGCUUUAGAAUUACUUAACGAUGCCGAAUUCAAUGGUGAAAAAUUACAAAUUGAAUUUGCUAAGGAAAGAAGAGAAGAUACACGUGGUAAAUACCGUCUUUUAAUCACCAACUUGGCAGAAGGUACUGCAUGGCAGGAUAUCAAAGAUUUCGUUAGAGAAAAAACUGAUAGUCAACCAAGUUAUGUCAAGGUUUUCACUAACUUUGAUAACGGUGAAACUACUUGUAGCAUGCAAUUCCAGAGCCGUGAAGAUUUGGAUAGAGCUAUUCCAUUGUUAGACAAAGCUGUCUUCAGAGAUAUCACUAUUGGUGCUGAAGAAGACACCAGCCCAUACAUUCCACCACCACCAAGAGGUAGAGGAGGUUUCAGAGGUAGAGGUAGAGGAGGAUUUGAUCGUGGUUUCAGAGGAGGAAGAGGUGGCUACGAUCGUUAUGACAGAGGCGGCUUCCGUGGAGGAAGAGGUGGUUUCGAUAGAGGAUUCGAUAGAGGUGGAUUUAGAGGAGGAAGAGGUGGUUAUGAUAGGGGUGGAUUUAGAGGCGGAAGAGGUGGAUUUGACAGAGGCGGAUUCAGAGGUGGAAGAGGUGGAUUCAGAGGGGGAAGAGGCGGAUAUGAUAGAGGUGGAUACGAUCGUGAUAACUUCAACGACAGAGGUGGAUCAUACGAUCGUGAAAGAUCUCCAACCCGUUUUUAA